GGCGAUCUUGGCGGUUUCCUUGGCCGUUUUUGACGCUCCAAGAUCGAUAUUACGCGGUCCGUGGCCAUUUUGGCUCAAGCAAUUCUUGGCUCACGGCUAUCUAGAGGCCCUCCCCCCGCUCUGCCUGUCCUCUUCCCUAGCACCCAGGAGACCACCGCCUUUCUGUGACCAUGGCCAAUGCCGCGGAGCUCAUGCGGAUAUGUGCCCCACUGUACCCGUCCAUCGCCCUGGAGAGCAUGGCGAACAUCGGGCUGUUUCUCUUCUUCUCGUAUCUGUCCAUCCUCAUCUCCACGAAGCAGCAGGUGAAGACGCCUGGGAGGGCGAUUUGUCGGAUGGUAUGGAGCGGCCUGCAGGAGUGGUCGGAGGACACUUGGAGGGUCUUGCGCAGGUGGCCUCACAUGCACAGAAUGGAGCUCGGCCAACGUUUCCGCUACUGCCGGAGGCUCAACGCGACCAUCUGUCGAGUAUCAGCUGGCAUCGCGCUCAUUACGAUCACCCGAUGGUUCCACAUCAACAACGUGAACGGCUUCCGCUACCUCGGGUAUGCCCUCACGUGCCCCCUGAUGCAGGCCGAGCUCGUGCUGCUCAUCGCGCCGCACAUCUGGUGCUACAGGCUCUUAACGGUCUUCUCGGCCCUCAUCACUUUCGGCAUGCUCGUCACAGGCUACGCUGCGUCCCAGUUCGAGGGGCAGAUGUGGAAGAACAGUUUCGCGGACUUCUAUGACGAAGCCCUGGAAGGUAACCUGGACAGUCUGACCACGAAGGGAUGGUGGUUGAUGCCGAGCAUGCUGGCACUGUGCUUCCUCUCCUUUGUGCAGAUACCAAUGCUUGGCCUCGUGUACUACUGGAACGGCGGCUCGAAGAAUGAAGACCUGCCGAAAGGCUUCCCUAAGCUCCUGUUGAUCACGUCUCUCUCGUGGCUGGGCUUUCCCGUCUGGUGGUUCUUGUCGUUCGAGGGGGCCAGCAUCAUCACGGAGACCCGGUGGAAUGCCGUAGGUUUUGUGUGCCUGAACAUGACCAGCAAGGGCGGUUUCACCCUGCAGAUGCUGAGCAUGGUGAAGGCGUGGAAGCGCCAGCAGGCCCAGAAGCCGAAGCCCCAGGCCCCCCCGCAGGCCAAAGGGCUGCAGGAGCGCAGGCUCAGCAGCGCGACGCUGCCCGACCUGGACCCCCCCGCGCAGAAGGCCGCCGCGGAGGCCCCCGCGGUGCGGUCCGCCAAGAGGAUCCAGACGGGCCAGUCGCUGCAGUGGUUCGUCGACGCCAUGAAGGAGUGGGAGCCGCAGGAGCCAGCCUCUGCCGCGCAGGAGGCGAGCGCGGGUCCGGGGGCCGAGGUCGAGAGGGUGGUGGUCACGGACCCGGGCCAGCUCAACGACGAGCAGCUCAUGCAGGAGCUGGGGAAGCGCCUGGCCGCGCACGGGCCGAAGCACGCGCUGAACCACUCCAUCCGCCAGGCGUGCACCAAGAUCCUCGAGGGCGAGGAGAGCGAUGACGACGAGUGAGCGGCGCGGCAGGGGCGGCUGGUGGUGACCACCAGAUGGCCUUCGAGUCGCAGAGCAAAGACAUUUUUAAACAUACUUUCUCGGAGGGUCGCGCGGAGUUCUCGGAUCGGCGCUGGCACCCUGCGACGCGUGCGUGCCCGUGCCGCUGGCGCGAUGGCAUCGGUGAAGCCGUGCUGUCGGCCGAGCUGUCGCUGUGAUCACGGCCCCAGGCCUCCAACAUGUUGUGUCAAUUGGCCCCGCACUGAAUCAUCAAGACAUCUGGGACAGUGCUCACCGCCCAGGCUUCCGACUCUGUCUCGCCCGACGCCCUGUGAGAACCUCCGGGCCGUGUUCCCGGCGCGCUCAAGAGGCUCGGGUCUCUCCGGUCGUGCGCCGAGGGGGUGGUCUCCUCGCCCUGGAGCGGCGAUGGGGCCCUCACGAGGCCCCUCCAUGUUCUUGAUCGCGAGGGCAGACAUUAUUUACUGCCCUUGUGGUCCGUUUUUGCCCGCCGUGUGCGGGCUUGUGGGGGCUUGCGGUCGCUCGUAUGUGAUUGCACGUCCGCAGCAGUGGCCCCCUGUGGAGCCCUCUCUCGGACUUCCGAUCCGAUCCGAUAUGAUUCGCAUAUUGUCCUAAGCAACGCUAGCGCUACGUCUUUAAUGCGCCGGAGUGUAGCCAGCCUCGGUCUCAUCCCUAUCCCUAAGGUUCCCGCGUCCCCCGUCCUUUCAUUCCAGGCUACGCAGAUACUUGCGAAAUUGUCUCACUUGGUUGCUUGUGCCAAAGCAUGUUGCCAGCCAUACACGUGGAUGUUUGCGCAGGGGUGUCCCCAGGUGCAGUCAAGCGCAAAUUCGUAGGGCUGCUCUCCGUCCCGUGCCUCUAGUUUCUCCCUACCUCAUUGUGCUUAUCCUUUUCCACUUCGUCCUUUAACUGAAUGAUAUUCACACCGUAAUGCCAUUAAACUAACUACGUUUCAAGAGAAGGCGUUCCGCGACAAGUGCGACGUCGCCUCACAUGGCCGAUCGUGCCGAAACAUGCUACCAGCCAUACAGGCGGGCGCCGGCAGUGGCGAGGAAAAAAUUAGCCUGGCGAAGGACCCA